UCCCCCUUCGCUGAUCAUCAGGUCGGGAAGGCGGCCGCCAUUUUGUGUACGCCGCUGUCUUGGAGGAAGGCGAAAGCAGAAGCUGCGCGACGAACGGAGCGGUUUAGACUGCGCCUAGAGAGCUGGGACUUCUACCCUUAAAGCCCGUGUGCCGAGAAUCCGAUGUUGGGCUCGGCUUCGUGGCUGAAAACAGCAUAUCGGCCCAUGAGAACUACCAUUUCCAGGCAAAGGAAAGGGUCCAACAAGAGGCAGCAUCUAUUCUUUCAGGUCUGGCAGCAAGAAAGAGGGCAGGAGGUGGAGACUGUGGACUCUGAAAAGAAAACUGAAAGGUGACACUUAAGUUGAAAAUGGGGGGUGGAGAAAGGUUUAACAUUCCAUCUACCCAGUCCAGAAACGUUAACAAGAACCAUCAGCAGCUAAACAGGAAGAAGAACAAAGAUCAGAAUUCCCAGAUGAAGAAAAUCCACAAGAAAGAAAGAGGACAUGGAUGUAGUCCACCAUCUGCAGCGUGGCACGCCAUGCAGAGUGGGGGAAAGAACACCGUGCAUUUCCCGACUAGCCAGAAUUGGGAUCCAGCUUUAUCCACGGCACUCUUCAUGCCUCAGACCAACCAAAAUUAUGCUGGAGCAAAAUUCAGUGAGCCACCUUCCCCAAGUGUUCUUCCUAAGCCACCAAGUCAUUGGGUCACAGUUUCACUAAACCCUGCUGAUAAAGAUAUCAUGACGUUUCAGUUGAAGACUCUACUUAAAGUUCAGGCUUGAAGUGGAAAACACCGAACAUUUUAUACUUUCAAAGUCUGUAAUGUUGGGUUUCAAAAUGCAGCCCCAAGUACAUCUUAAGGAAUUCAGAUUAACUGUGAGAAUUUUUACUUUUUUUGGGGGGGGGGGAUCCUCCCCUUGGGAAUGUUUUACUUAAUAUGUCACCCUUCUGGGACUCUGUGCACUGUACCUAUUUCUCUGUGCUGUUAAACUGAUAGGCAGCUUGUACGAAUUCCUGGUUACAGGUCUCAGUGCCUGUUUUUUAGACCAUCCAACUUGUGUGUUCUCAUUAGGCACAAUUCCCUUUUUAGGGGAAGUAAAAAUUAACUCCAGUUGACCAUUUUUCCACUAUAAAAUAAUUGCACAAAUGAUUGCCUGCAUUCUAUAAAAUACUGUAGGUGCUAAAGUAAAAGCAACUAUCUGGUUUUAAAUUUUUAGAAAAUACCUAAAUUUUUUCUUUUUAAAAAAGUAACAUCAUGUAUUUGUUUUAACAGUUGGCUGACUCAUCAUCUGAAAAGAUUUGGGCAGGCAAAGUCCUAUGAUCAAAUGAAUUCGGGAAACAAAUUUUGUGCAGCACUUGUUUAGUAAAAACAGAAACAUGAUUCUACAUUUGAUCUUUUUUGCAUAAACCUAGGGGAACACAACCACCCUGUAAGUGUGCCAACUCAAAAGCAUUUUUGCAUUGCCAGAUGACUGCCAAAUGCUUUUAAGUGUUAUCCUUCACAGUGUGUUUCACUGAGCUGUAUUCUAAAUACAUUUUGUGUUGUUUUUGUAUCUCUUGAUGAUAUAGAACUGUUGAGGCCAGUCUGAAAUUAGAUGAAUAUGUUUGAGGGUUCGCAAGUGUAAAAAACAUCUUUUACAUAUGGAAGAAGAGCCAUGUAAAUAACUGUAAAACUUUGUAGCAUAUGUAAAUUUAUGCUGGGCUUUCCUGCCAGAAUAAAAGUAUUUUUAGUACAAAACAGCUGAAUGUAAAAAAAAAAGACCAUGCUGAGCUCAUGGCAUGAUUU